CAGGCGUCAAGUUUGGCAGACGGGCAAAAGCUCUAGUUUGUAAAGGGGCUCUAGCUGAAUGUGCGGUGAAGACUCCCGAGUCUUAACUGCGCUCUUUUUUAUUUUAAAUACACAUUAAACCCGGCGCUCAGACAGACCCCCCAGCAUGGAUAUGAAGAAGAGGAUUCAUCUGGAAUUGCGUAACCGGACGCCGUCGGAUGUGAAAGAACUUGUGCUUGACAACUGUCGGUCAAAUGAAGGCAAAAUCGAAGGCCUUACAGACGAAUUUGAGGAGUUGGAGUUUCUGAGCACAAUCAACGUCGGCUUAACCUCGGUCGCCAACUUGCCCAAGCUUAACAAACUCAAAAAGCUCGAACUCAGCGAUAACAGAAUCUCAGGUGGUUUGGAGGUACUGGCAGAAAAAUGUCCCAAUCUUACCCAUCUCAACCUCAGCGGCAACAAGAUCAAAGAUCUCAGCACCAUCGAACCCCUGAAAAAAUUGGAAAGCCUCAAAAGUUUAGACCUCUUCAACUGUGAGGUGACAAACUUAAACGACUAUAGAGAAAACGUCUUUAAGCUGCUGCCCCAGUUGACGUAUCUCGACGGCUAUGACAAAGAGGAUAAAGAGGCACCCGAUUCUGACGCAGAGGCCUACGUCGAGGGAUUGGACGAUGAUGAAGACGAAGACGAUGUAGAAGAGGAGGAGUAUGAUGAAGAUGCAGCUCCAGGAGAUGAAGAUGAAGAGGAAGUAGAUGAGGAAGAUGAAGAGGAAGGGGAAGAAGAAGAGGAGGAAGAUGUCAGCGGAGAGGAGGAGGAGGAGGAAGACUUAAACGACGGGGAAGUUGACGACGAGGAUGAGUACGUGGAGGAGAGGGGACAGAAAAGGAAAAGGGAUUUGGAUGAAGAGGGAGAGGAGGAGGAUGACUGAACAUGCACUCUCGGGUUCCCUUUGUGAUCUGACUGUUUUAACCCUCUAUUUCUAUGUCCUAAUGUAAUUUUGCGGUGGUUUGGGGAGGUAUGCAAAUGGUAGGGGUGGGUUAGUAGAUAUAAGAGGACACAGUUUAAAUAUUAGUUUCUUUUAUGUUUGUUUGUUUUUUUUUUUUUUUUUUGUUUUUUUUUUAAAACUUUGUUUUCCCCCCUAUUCGUUUUCUCUUAAUCCUCUACAGACGGCUGGCAACACAGUAGUGGAAAUUUCCAAUUGUCUGCAACAAAACUGAGUUUGCUUUUUCUAUUUUUUUUUUUCCCUUUCUUUUUUUUCCUCUUUACUGUUGAUGCCUAUACAGAUUGCUUAUACAGAUUGCUGGGUAUGACUUAUGUAUUUAAAUGACAAAAAAAUACCAAAAACCUUUUAAAAACA